AUGGUUCUCUUACAGUCUCCUGAGUUUAUUGAUCAUCUCUUCUUCUGCUUGUUUUCUUCUUCCUCAGAGUGUAAAGGAGAAGACUCAGUGACCCAGACAGAGGGAGGAAUCUUUGCUUUUGAAGGACACACAGUUACACUCAACUGUACAUUUGAGACAAGUAGUACAACUCAAACUUUGUUCUGGUAUCGACAGGAUCUUCAGGAUUUCCCAAAGUACAUGCUGAAAUCUUACUUAGGAACUGUUGAAAAUGCACCAGAGUUCAACAAAGACAGAUUUAUAGCUGCAACAAAUGGGAAACUAUUUCCUCUGGAGAUCCAGAACCUUCAUCUGUCUGACUCUGCUGUGUACUACUGUGCUCUGCAGCCCACAGUGACAGGAAACACCAAAGCUCUCUACAAAAACCAUUGA